CUAUCAUAUCAAAGUCGCAUAGUAGUGCAACAGCUUAUUGGUUAUUUAAUAAUAGAAAUCCGCAUUAACUAAAAUGGACCAAUCAAGAUACGUGUUUUCUUAACUUUUAAGAAUUUAUACUGAUCAUGAAAAUCAGGAAUGCUAGCUUUAUAAAAACAGCUAUGUAGUCUUCAGUCACUAAUUAGAUGACAUGCCAUCGUAUUAUUUAUUUUGAAUGUACAAACAUAUUAUAUGUCAGUCGCAUAUAUAGGCAUUAAUGGCUGGGAAUGAUAUAAAACAAAACUUACGAAAAUUAGAUUUUCCAUAUUGCGCUAGAGAAGCUUUAUGCAGAAUCGAAAUACUAUGCGGACGACCAGGAAAGCAAAUGGACCUGCAACUGGAUUUAAUAUCAGAGUUCGUAUUUGGGGAAAUAGAGAGACGAAAGAAACGCAAUAGCACUAUCGCCAUACAGGAGUUACAAUUAAUAGAAGUACUUAGCGAUUUCUUUCAAAGUCCAGGGGGAAGCGCUGCUGUACGAAACGCAGUUUUUUUAUCCCUUUUCCCUGCAGAUAGUCCCAGAAACAAAAUAUUGGGCAAUUUAGUAUCGUUGGCUAUAGCUACUCAAAAUAAAGCGGUACUGAAUGCAACAGGAAUUUGGAUGCAACAGCUAGGUUCUACCUCCACGCAGAGUGUAGGAUUAGCAAGGCAUGUACUUAAUGACUACUUUGUCCUUACUCCAAAAUCUAUUGAUAAAUUGAAGCAGCUUCCUGUGCUUGCACCACAUUUCACUGCCAACUUACUAACGGCGAUAGGUGAGGUUUAUGAAGAGAAAGAUCCACCUACUGAACUGCUUAGAUUGGUAGGAGAAUGGAUUGAUGAAAACCCAAGUCUUUUGUUAACUCCGUUAAUGGAUAAUCCUGCCUUGCCUACCGGUGGUAUUCCAAUGACACCAAUUACACCUAUAGCAGGCUUGUUCAGGUGGUGUAUUUUAUGUCCUCUUCGAUUAAAAAAUACAGAAAAUUGUCAGGAGCAAAAGAAACUGUAUUCUAAAAUUCAACAACUACUUAUGGAUUCAGUAUUAAAAUUAAAAAAUAGUGGAAACAAUAAACAUGCAAUUUCAGCACAGCACUUUGCAGCCACCACUCGUGCUUUAGGUAGCAACUUAGGAUCUCAUUCAACUGCUAGUCUAACUUCACGUGAUUUAGCUAUGGAACGACUUGCACAAGCUAUAAGCGCAGCGAUGUCUGCUAAUUGUAUUUAUGGUAACAAACAAGAAUUGUUGGCUCUGUUACAGCCAUUGGCAUAUCAACACUUUCUAAUUGAAUGGACCCUACAGACAUAUGCAAGUAAAGCUUCUUGAUUUACUGAAGUCAUUACUUUAACUUAUGCUUCUCAUGUUGUGUAUAUAAAUUGGAAUACAUAUGACAAGGCAACAUAUGACUUUUCGAUAAAUAUAAAUGUAAACAAAAUUUGUAUGAUAUAAUAAAUAUUAUUUCACAUUUAAAAUUAAAAAAA